AUGAGUAUAACCAGUGAUGAAGUGAACUUCUUGGUGUACAGAUAUCUUCAGGAGUCAGGUAUGUAUGACUGCCAACCUCCCUGUAACACACUUGUCCUGUCUCUGUCUGUCUGUCUGCUGAAAUGAUUAUUAUACUUCUGCUUUAGAUCUUUCUUGUGUAUUUGUUUGUGUGGUAAUGUAGGAAUUGAGAAUGGCUUUGUAGUUGACCUUGUGGAUUAUGUUGUCAUGGAUUAGACUACAUUGACUCUUUCUAAACCACGUGUCAAACUCAUUCCAUGGAGGGCUGAGUGUCUGCAGGUUUUCACGCCUCCCUUGUACUUGAUUGAGGAAUUAAGGUCACUGAUUAGUAAGGAACCCACCUCACCUGGUUGUUUAGGUCUUAAUUGAAAGGAAAAACUAAAAACCAGCAGACACUAGGCCCUCAAUGGAAUGAGUUUUACACCCCUGAUCUAAACCAUCCCUAAAGGUUUGGGAAUUUUGGCACACAUUUUACAAAUGGCUACUUCAAUACAUUCACCAAAAACACUAUGAAAAGCUUGAGAGAGAGUGCAGGAAUAGGAAAGUAGAGGUGUCAUUAAAUCCAGAAACUACAGUUAGUGGAAACCAAGCCUAUUCUACCUGUCUGUUGGCCGUUCAGAAUAUCGCUUUCCCUUCAUAUGUACAGUUGAAGUCGGAAGUUUACAUACACCUUAGCAAAUACAUUUAAACUCUGUUUUUCACAAUUCCUGACAUUUAGUCCUAGUAAAAAUUCCCUGUCUUAGUUCAGUUAGGAUCACCACUUUAUUUUAAGAAUGUGAAAUGUCAGAAUAAUAGUAGAGAGAAUUAUUUAUUUCAGCUUUAUUUCUUUCAUCACAUUCCCGGUGGGUCAGAAGUUUACAUACACUCAAUUAGUAUUUGGUAGCUUUGCCUUUAAAUUGUUUAACUUGGGUCAAACGUUUCAGGUAGCCUUCCAGGGCUUUGUGAUGGUCACUCCAAUACCUUUACUUUGUUGUCCUUCAGCCAUUUUGCCACAACUUUGGACGUAUGCUUGGGGUCAUUAUCCAUUUGGAAGACCCAUUUGCGACCAAGCUUGAACUUCCUGACUGAUGUCUUGAGAUGUUGCUUCAAUAUAUCCACAUAAUUUUCCUUCCUCAUGAUGCCAUCUAUUUUGUGAAGUGCACCAGUCGCUAAUGCAGCAAAGCACCCCCAAAGCAUGAUGCUACCACCCCCGUGCUUCACGGUUGGGAUGGUGUUCUUGGAGUUGCAAGAACCCCCUUUUUCCUCCAAACAUAACGAUGGUCAUCAUGGCCAAACAGUUACAUUUUUGUUUCAUCAGACCAGAGGACAUUUCUCCAAAAAGUAUGAUCUUUGUCCCCAUGUGCAGUUGCAAACCGUAGUCUUGCUUUUUUAUGGCGGUUUUGGAGCAGUGGCUUCUUCCUUGCUGAGCGGCCUUUCAGGUUAUGUUGAUAUAGGACUCAUUUUACUGUGGAUAUAGAUAAUUUUGUAACUGUUUCCUCCAGCAUCUUGACAAGGUCCUUUGCUGUUGUUCUGGGAUUGAUUUGCACUUUUCGCACCAAAGUACGUUCAUCUCUAGUAGACAGAACGCGUCUCCUUCCUGAGCGGUAUGACGGCUGCGUGGUCCCAUGGUGUUUGUACAGAUGAACGUGGUACCUUCAGGCGUUUGGAAAUUGCUCCCAAGGAUGAACCAGACUUGUGGAGGUCAACCAUUCUUUUCUGAGGUCUUGGCUGAUUUCUUUUGAUUUUCCCAUGAUGUCAAGCAAAGAGGCACUGAGUUUGAAGGUAGGCCUUGAAAUACAUCCACAGGUAAACCUCCAAUUGACUCACAUGAUGUCAAUUAGCCUAUCAGAAGCUUCUAAAGCCAUUACAUCAUUUUCUGGAAUUUUCCAAGCUGUUUAAAGGCACAGUCAACUUAGUGUAUGUAAACUUUUGACCCACUGGAAUUGUGAUACAUUGAAUUAUAAGUGAAAUAAUCUGUCUGUAAACAAUUGUUGGAAAAAUUACUUGUGUCAUUCACAAAGUAGAUGUCCUAACCGACUUGCCAUAACUAUAGUUUGUUAACAAGAAAUUUGUGGAGUGAUUGAAAAACAAGUUUUAAUGACUCCAACCUAAGUGUAUGUAAACUUCCGACUUCAACUGUACCUGUGUCAACAUGCCAUUCAUACUACCCUAUUUUUCACAGGGUGAAUGAAUUAUUGAGAUCCUAGCCGCUGUAUUUGAUUACUGUUGGGGCUUUCUUUGAAGCCAGACAUUGGAUAAAUGCUUGAUAGCUCUGGAAUGUUAACAUUUAUAUAGCUGAAAAAGUUGACGUGGAACGAAUGAUUGACUCGCUUCGCUGUCUGCGUACCCUUUAAUUUUUUGGUUUACAUAACAUUGAUAUAAAAAGUUAGAAAUAACACCUCAGACAUGGCAGAUGUCUGUAGAUAUGUAUAUGUUGGAGUGAGAGGUUUGUGUUUGCAGGGUCUCUGGUGCUAAAAUGUAAAUGUGUUGUCGUUGUACUGACUGUGUUCUCUGUGUGUCCGUUUCCAGGUUUCUCCCACUCAGCGUUCACCUUUGGCAUUGAGAGCCACAUCAGCCAGUCCAACAUCAAUGGAACACUAGUGCCCCCUGCUGCCCUCAUCUCCAUCCUGCAGAAAGGCCUCCAGUAUGUGGACGCAGAGAUCAGCAUCAACGAGGUGAGCCAAGGGGCUCCAGUCCAGGCUGCCUUCUAGUGCUGCCUUGGGUCGCAUUAAUUAGUGCAUACCGUAGCAAAACAUUUAGCAAAAGAACACAAAAACUAUAUAUAUAUAUAUAUAUAUACAGUACCAGUCAAAAGUUUGGACACACCUACUCAUUCAAGGGUUUUUCUUUAUUUGUACUAUUUUCUACAUUGUAGAAUAAUCGUGAAGACAUCAAAACUAUGAAAUAACACAUAUGCUUUACAGUGGGAACUACACAUGCGGAGAUCAUCCGUUCACCCUUCACCGCAUUUCACAAAGACAUGGUGAUUGGAACCAAAAAUCUCCAAUUUGGAUUGCAGACCAAAGGACACAUUUCCACCGGUCUAAUGUCCAUUGCUCGUGUUUCUUGGCCCAAGCAGGUCUCUUCUUCUUAUUGGUGUCCUUUAGUAGUGGUUUCUUUGGAGCAAUUUGACCAUGAAGGCCUGAUUCACACAGUCCCCUCUGAACAGUUGAUGUUGAGAUGUGUCUGUGACUUGAACUCUGUGAAGCAUUUGGGUAACUCUAAUGAACUUAUCCUCUGCAGCAGAGGUAACUCUGGGUCUUCCAUUCCUGUGGUGGUCCUCAUGAGAGCCAGUUUCAUCAUAGCGCUUGAUGGUUUUUGCGACUGCACUUGAAAAAACGUUCAAAGUUCUUGAAAUGUUCCGUAUUGACUGUCCUUCAUGUCAUAAAGUAAUGAUGGACUGUUGUUUCUCUUAGCUUAUUUGAGUUGUUCUUGCCAUAAUAUGGACUUGGUCUUUUACCAAAUAGGGCUAUCUUCUGUAUACCCCCCCUACCUUGUCACAACACAACUGAUUGGCCUAAACACAUUAAGAAGGAAAGAAAUUCCACAAAUGAACUUUUUAAGAAGGCACACCUGUUAAUUGAAAUGCAUUCUAGGUGACUACCUCAUGAAACUGGUUGAGAGAAUGCCAAGAGUGUGCAAAGCUGUCAUCAAGGCAAAGGGUGGCUAUUUGAAGAAUCUCAAAUAUAAAAUAUAUUUUGAUUUGUGUAACACUUUUUUGGUUACUACACGAUUCCAUAUGUGUUAUUUCAUAGUUUUGAUUUCUUCACUAUUAUUGUACAAUGUAAAAAAAAAAAGUAAAAAUAAAGAAAAACCCUUGAAUGAGUAGGUGUGUCCAAACUUUUGACUGGUAGUGUAUAUACAGUGGGGAGAACAAGUAUUUGAUACACUGCUGAUUUUGCAGGUUUUCCUACUUACAAAGCAUGUAGAGGUCUGUAAUUUUUAUCAUAGGUACACUUCAACUGUGAGAGACGGAAUCUAAAACAAGAAUCCAGAAAAUCACAUUGUAUGAUUUUUAAGUAAUUAAUUUGCAUUUUAUUGCAUGACAUAAGUAUUUGAUACAUCAGAAAAGCAGAACUUAAUAUUUGGUACAGAAACCUUUGUUUGCAAUUACAGAGAUCAUACGUUUCCUGUAGGUCUUGACCAGGUUUGCACACACUGCAGCAGGGAUUUUGGCCCACUCCUCCAUACAGACCUUCUCCAGAUUCUUCAGGUUUCGGGGCUGUCGCUGGGCAUUACGGACUUUCAGCUCCCUCCAAAGAUUUUCUAUUGGGUUCAGGUCUGGAGACUGGCUAGGCCACUCCAGGACCUUGAGAUGCUUCUUACGGAGCCACUCCUUAGUUGCCCUGGCUGUGUGUUUCGGGUCAUUGUCAUGCUGGAAGACCCAGCCACGACCCAUCUUCAAUGCUCUUACUGAGGGAAAGAGGUUGUUGGCCAAGAUCUCGCGAUACAUGGCCCCAUCCAUCCUCCCCUCAAUACGGUGCAGUCGUCCUGUCCCCUUUGCAGAAAAGCAUCCCCAAAGAAUGAUGUUUCCACCUCCAUGCUUCACGGUUGGGAUGGUGUUCUUGGGGUUGUACUCAUCCUUCUUCUUCCCCCAAACACGGCGAGUGGAGUUUAGACCAAAAAGCUCUAUUUUUGUCUCAUCAGACCACAUGACCUUCUCCCAUUCCUCCUCUGGAUCAUCCAGAUGGUCAUUGGCAAACUUCAGACGGGCCUGGACAUGCGCUGGCUUGAGCAGGGGGACCUUGCGUGCGCUGCAGGAUUUUAAUCCAUAACGGCGUAGUGUGUUACUAAUGGUUUUCUUUGAGACUGUGGUCCCAGCUCUCUUCAGGUCAUUGACCAGGUCCUGCCGUGUAGUUCUGGGCAGAUCCCUCACCUUCCUCAUGAUCAUUGAUGCCCCACGAGGUGAGAUCUUGCAUGGAGCCCCAGACCGAGGGUGAUUGACCGUCAUCUUGAACUUCUUCAAUUUUCUAAUAAUUGCGCCAACAGUUGUUGCCUUCUCACCAAGCUGCUUGCCUAUUGUCCUGUAGCCCAUCCCAGCCUUGUGCAGGUCUACAAUUUUAUCCCUGAUGUCCUUACACAGCUCUCUGGUCUUGGCCAUUGUGGAGAGGUUGGAGUCUGUUUGAUUGAGUGUGUGGACAGGUGUUUUUUAUACAGGUAACGAGUUCAAACAGGUGCAGUUAAUACAGGUAAUGAGGAGGGCUUCUUAAAGAAAAACUAACAGGGCUGUGAGAGCCGGAAUUCUUACUGGUUGGUAGGUGAUCAAAUACUUAUGUCAUGCAAUAAAAUGCAAAUUAAUUACUUAAAAAUCAUACAAUGUGACUUUCUGGAUUUUUGUCUUAGAUUCCGUCUCUCACAGUUGAAGUGUACCUUUGAUAAAAAUUACAGACCUCUACAUGCUUUGUAAGUAGGAAAACCUGCAAAAUCGGCAGUGUAUCAAAUACUUGUUCUCCCCACUGUAUAUAUAUAUAUAUAAUUUUUUAAGGUUAUUUUUCUAUCUGUUUUCUUCCUUUUGGUGCCUAGAGAAUAUGACCCUGGCCUGGACUACCACACUCUCCAUGUAAAUCAAUGGGGUUAUUUAUUUAAAAGACUGCCCUCACUAAUACAGAUCAAUACUUAGCUCAGCACUCAUUUGUAUGCAAAGUAAGUUUAUCGAAAUCCUAAUUCUCCAACAAUACCAAAAUCAAUACACUAUUGUACUUGGCGAAUUAAAAAUGUAAAUCAUACAGUUGGAAUGUAUUGUCCAUCAGUGCACUAUACAUCGAAUGGGGUAAACAUGGCAUGUUUGGUGUUGUGUUGGUAGGAUGGCACGGUGUUUGAUGGGCGGCCCAUCGAGUCUCUGUCACUCAUCGACGCGGUGAUGCCAGACGUGGUGCAGACGCGGCAGCAGGCCUUCCGCGACAAGCUAGCCCAGCAACAGGCGGCCUGCGCCAUUGCAGCCACCGCCACAAGCAACCAAGCCAACGCACCAAAGAACGGAGAGGCCACCGUAAACGGAGAGGAGAACGGCACACACACCAUGUGUAAGAACGACUUAGCCGUAACUUAGCAAAUGAUAGCUAUGUAUUUUUCCCACAUUAUCUUGAUAGUUACUAUGUGAGACUUACUACGUCAAGCAGCAUGUGUGUGUGAUACUCUAGAGCCAUGUGAUUUUCACUGAAUGUGAGGUCAUUAGUGACAUGCCAUUGAGUGUUGGUGAAUUUGACCCUGCAUGCAUUCACCUUCAUUGUGCCUCCCUAACAGCUGCUUCUAGAGUUCAGCCAGUGAAACCAGAGAGGUAUGGAUCGGGUGACGCAUUAGACUAGGGAGAAACUGAUAGCGGAUGUUGUGGAUGUUUGUGUCAGCCGAUCCCACUGGAGUUAGUCUAAUGUGUGUGUGUGUGGGUGGGUGGCAGAACAUCAGCAAAGACUAUCUUAGUUGAAGUAAUGCUUGUCUGAACAGACAGGGAUGCUGCAGCCCCGUAGGAUUGCUCUUCAGCAAAAACUAUUCUGAAAGAACACAUUUUAUCAAUAUUGCAGGCAGGAUAUGAAGAUGAUUACUGGAUUAUCUCUUAGCUCAUGUCCCAAAUGGUUGAGCUUUGAUCCUGUACAGAUUGCACUUUCAGCUUCAAUUGGGUCAACAAGUACGUUUGAUGUGGUAGUUGCAAUUGUUAGAUAACACUGUUAUUUAAGACUUAGUAACUGUCUCUGGUUCUUGGCUCUUUGGGUAGUUGGUUGGAACUAGCCUAAUUGAAAUUCUCUGUGAUCUUAAAUGGUUAUGAUUUGAAAGGGGAGAGGUUAAACACCUCAAAUGUUUGUCAGAAACCAACUUAAUAUAGAGAAACAGUCCAGAUAGUUCAAGUUUUUGCAGCUGAAUAUGGCUCUGGAUGAGAAGGAAAUUGAGCUAUAUUUUCAAUGUAUUUCAUCUCCUGUAUAGUAGGUACUGGGAUUCAUGUAUGUGUCUGUAACAGAGUGUGGAUGUGAUCUGAUUACAGAUAACCACAGUGAGCCCAUGGAGAUGGAUGUGGACGUGGAGAUCCCAGCCAGCAAGGCCACGGUCCUCCGAGGCCACGAGUCAGAGGUGUUCAUCUGUGCCUGGAACCCUGUCAGCGACCUGCUGGCCUCAGGGUGAGUCUCACUGGGGAGGGGGCAGGGGUAGGGUGGGGGGCACAGGGAUGGGUCAGCACUGGGUUGAGCUUUUCAGGGACUUGAGAGGCUAGAGCAGAUCUCUCUCUCUCUCUCUCUCCUCUCUCCUCUCUCCUCUCUCUCCGUGUGGAUUGACUUCUCUUUUGUAUUCUGCCUGUGUGUGUGUCCAGGUCGGGAGACUCGACAGCCCGGAUCUGGAACCUGAAUGAGAACAGCAACAGCAGCUCCACCCAGCUGGUGCUCAGACACUGCAUCAGGGAGGGAGGCCAGGACGUCCCCAGCAACAAAGAUGUCACCUCACUAGACUGGAAUGUGAGUUCUCAAUGGUCCAUUUCAUCCAUCAUCUACUGUAUCAAUUCUCACUUGACUGAAAUGGUCUGGAACGGAACAUUAGAAGUUCUCUGUACUGAGGACAGUUAUUCUAUUUGACCCCAUAGAGCGACGGGACACUCUUAGCAACAGGAUCUUAUGAUGGAUUUGCAAGGAUAUGGACAAAAGAUGGUCUGUUGAGUUUUGUUGCAUUUUAAUUCAAUUAUAUUACAGUGCCCAAUCCCCAUUCUGAAUCAUAUUGUCAUCUGUGCAUAUACAUUAAAUUAUUGCCUUUCACAGGUAAUCUGGCUAGCACCUUGGGCCAACACAAAGGGCCCAUAUUUGCACUUAAGUGGAACAAGAAAGGAAACUCUAUCCUCAGUGCUGGUGUAGAUAAGGUAUUUUUAAAAAUAUAAAUCAUGUUUUUAUUUUAUAUAUAUCUUUAAUCGAAUAAAUCAAGUAACUCCAGUAGCAAUCAAUUAUCCCUGCAGUAUUUGCUAUGUAUCUGUUGUCAUUUUCCAGACGACAAUCAUUUGGGACGCACAUACAGGAGAGGCCAAGCAGCAGUUCCCCUUCCACUCAGGUAAGCCCCCUGUGUCCCGAACAGAAAGAUGUAGGACUUCAGCUUCCCGGCUGAUGUGAGUUAACCCUUUGAAUACUGUCCUGUCCCUGUGUGUUGCCUCCUACCUACAGCUCCAGCGCUGGACGUGGACUGGCAGAACAACACAACGUUUGCCUCCUGUAGCACAGAUAUGUGCAUCCACGUGUGUCGAAUGGGCAGCGACCGGCCGCUCAAAACCUUCCAAGGCCACACGGUAAACAAACAGCAUCUCUGUUCUAACCUCUACAUCUCACACCACUGAGGACAUAGUCACACUUAGGAUUUCUCUACCUACUGUAUUUUCCCAAACUUCUGAAGGUCUGUAAACAGGAUUAUGUUGUAACUAGUGAAAGGAUAAGCAUGAUGUCUUGUUGGUCCUCUACAAGUCUACAUGAUGUCUGUCUGCCCAUGUGUGUUUCAGAAUGAAGUCAAUGCUAUCAAGUGGGACCCGUCAGGGAUGCUACUAGCCUCCUGCUCUGAUGACAUGACUUUAAAGGUAAGGCCAGCACUUCUACUUCAGGCAAGAUUUUGGACACACAAUGAAUUCCACCUCUUUCCUAUGACCAUGAUCUCUAUAUGUCAAUAUAAUAAUGUAAUGAUUACACAGUGUGUUUGAAGUGUGCUGUCCUCUUUCACAGAUCUGGAGUAUGAAGCAGGACUCGUGGGUCCAUGACCUCCAGGCCCACAGUAAAGAGAUCUACACUAUCAAGUGGAGCCCCACCGGCCCCGGCACCAGCAACCCCAACUUCAACAUCAUGCUGGCUAGGUGGGACACACACACACUCACAGCACCUAGACUUGUUCUGGGACAGUGUUGUGAUUUAUGAGUUGAGAAUGGGAAGUGUGUGUGCCAGUGAAGGGGUCUCUUGUCAAAAAGUGUCCCAGACAUUCUCCCAGGGCUAGUAACUGUCAGUGGCCCAGGAACAUAAAGCCUAUGACCCAGACAUGCUUCCAUGUGUAAAUGUUACUGUUCAAAUACCACAGGCAUUUACAACCUCUUCUGAAAUCCCCUGAGAUGGGCCUAUAUUUCACUCUGGAUGUAAAACUGCCAUUACUGCUCUGACCUGUGAGGAACUUGAUAGUGAUCUGAGGUAAAUGCAGCUAUUGUACACCAAGAUACAGCUCAUGUCUGAUCCUGUGAUUUAUUCGGUUCUUUCCCAACUUCUGUUUAUUCAUUUAGUUUUAAUCUCACAAUUCUUUCCUGUGUCCUUGUAAAGUGAGAUUUGCAACCUAGCCAGGGGCAUCCCCAGAAGACUUGGCUUACACUACCUAAUAAUACAAUUUUGAUGAGAAAGUGUUAAUGAACGUCAGCUCCUCUUUUCAUUAACACAUGCUCUCAACCAUGUCUCUCCUUUUGUGGUGAAAGAUGUUCACACCAUCACCAUCUCAACGAUUCUACAACAUCACACAUCUCGUUUUGGCUCUGUGGAUCAGCAUUUUGAAUGAGAGUUUGCGUCGAGCACCAAAGCCAACUUAUUGACAUAUUUCUUACAUUUCAUAUCCUUCUUUCUAUGUAGUGUUGUUGACAACAUGAAGCUGGAAGAACUACCCGGUUGCUACUUUAUUAUAAAGGUGUUAGCUCUCCUGUCAAACCCUGUAAAUUACCAUUAGUACUGAAAGAUCAGUAAUGGCUUGUUGAUAUGAACAUAAACUUGAACAAAGUUUGGGCUUCAGUUACAGUACGUAUUUGCAUUUAGCAGAUAGAUGUAGAUAGCAGUGAGUAGAUAGAGAACUGACCAUGUGCUCUGUCCUACCCCGCAGUGCCUCGUUUGACUCGACGGUGCGUCUGUGGGACGUGGAGCGAGGUGUGUGUAUCCACACCCUGACCAAACACCAGGAGCCCGUCUACAGUGUGGCCUUCAGCCCCGACGGGAAGCACCUGGCCAGCGGCUCCUUCGACAAGUGUGUACACAUCUGGAACACCAUGGUGAGUCACCCUGGAGGUUAUAACUCAGUUAUAACAGUUUAUAACAGGUUGUAACAGCUUUUAGCAGCUUAACAGGUUGUAACAGUUUAACAGGUUAUUAUAGCUUAUAACAGGUUAUAGCGUCUUAUAACAGUUAGUUAGUAGGACCUGUGGUCAGUUAAACCACCUGGCCCUAUGUUUAAUACAGGCUGUGACAUUGUUGUUAGGUCAAGCAGGCAACUAUGGUCAUCAAGCAGUCCUCAUCAGAGUUGGUUGUGAUUUGGUUGUGUUGUGGUUGCAGUCUGGAGCCUUGGUGCAUAGCUACAGGGGGACCGGUGGGAUUUUUGAGGUGUGCUGGAACAGCACAGGAGACAAAGUUGGUGCUAGCGCUUCAGAUGGAUCGGUAUGUUGUGUUGAUACGAUUAUCUUUUGUGUUUGAAGAUGUAUAUAAUUUGUAUUGAUGUGUUUUUAUUUAUUUAUGCAUGUACUACUAUCACUCAUUUUUGUACGUUAAACUAAAGCGAUAACAAGCAAAGCCCCUAAAGCUUUAGUCUCAGGAUCAAUGCUUUCAGAAGUGCAUGGAGAGAAACCAAAAUAUUCUGAAGCAUAAUAUGUAUUAUUAAUCAUGCUAUCUUUGCCCUCCAGGUAUGUGUUCUCGAGCUCCGAAAAUAG